GAGAUCCGCAGCUAGUUUUCUCCCUUGGUUCAUCCCUCCCUCCCUCCCUUCCCUUCUUCCCUCUCUUGGUUCUCGGUUCACGUUGUCCUCACUCUCUCGCUGCCUUCGACUACCGACACAAAGGUCCGAGAUUUCGGAGCAAGUGAGGCCAGACAACAAGGCCACACUGCACCUCACACCUAGAAAACCCUUAUAAAAAAACACACACACCCUCGCCUUUGGACCCUCAAUCCCAUAAUCCUCUGCCAUUUUCGUCUCCUAGGUUUCGCGUUGUUUCCGAGGUUUUUCCCGUUCCCGAAAGCCCUAGGUUCGAUCCCGUGGAUAGCAGCGAACCUGCGCUGCCGGUUGGGUUUUCAUGCCGCCGGAACCGGUGCCAUGGGAUCGAAAGGACUAUUUCAAGGACAGGAAGCGCGACAGGUCUGAGUCACUUGGGCCUGUGGCGAGAUGGAGAGACUCGUCCACUCAUCACAGCUCACGCGAGUUCAGACGAUGGGGAUCGCCUGAGUUCCGGCGACCUGCAGGACAUGGCAAGCAUGGUGGUUGGCAUCUGUUUCCAGAAGAAUCUGGUCAUGGGUAUGCGUCUUCUCGAUCCUAUGACAAGAUGGUGGAGGAAGAUAACUGGAGGCCAACUGUUUCUCGAGGAGAUGGAAAGUAUGGCAGGAGCUAUAGGGAAAGUAGAGGAUCCUUUAACCGGAGAGAUUGGAGAGAACAUUCAUGGCAACCCAAUAUUGGUGCUUUCGGUUUUUCCCGAAGGCAGCAUGGUGCGAACAAUGACAGGAGGUCAGUUGAUGAUAUGGUACCCACCUACUCCUCUCAUCCACAUUCCAACUAUGCAAACACUUGGCAGCAGCGCAACUUCAGAGACCAGCAUAGUAAGAUUGGUGGUGUUAAUGGGUUCGGCAGGGGCCGGAGAUUUGAUAGGGAGAGUUCUCUGGGUUUGGUUGACUGGAAGCCCCAUAAAUGGAGCCGUUCUGGAGGCUUGUCCUCAAGAGACUCUGGCCUUAGACGUUCAAGUAGAUCAAGGAGCAUUGGAGCGGCAGAUUCCUGUGAAAGGAAGGCUGGUUUGCAACAAAGAAAUGGCACUGCUGUCAAGUCAAGUUCUGGGGAAGCUGCUGCAUGUGAGACAUCUGCUACAUAUGAAGAUACACAUUCAAAGAAAAAGCCUAGGCUAAAUUGGGGUGAGGGACUUGCAAAGUUUGAGAAGAAGAAAGUAGAGGGGCCUGAUGUCAGUUCUAACGAAGAUGGCCCUGUUACGUCUCUUAUUAAUAUGGAACCUGGUAAUAUUCUCCAUCCCAGCGUAGUAGAUAAAAGCGCCAAAGUUUCAAUAUCCUCAGAUUGUGCAUCUCCUGCAAUUCAAUCUACUGUUGCCGGCAGCUCCCCUCCAGGUGUGGAUAGUAAAAUGUUUGGAAAAGCCGAAGCUGUGGAUAAUGAUGUCAGUAACUUAAGAAGCUCACCAGGUCCUGGGUCUCAAAAUCCUCCGCAGGUGUUGUCUUUAAAUUUAGAGAAGGUGGAUGUUGACUCAUUGAGUGGUUUGGGCUCUUCACUUUUUGAAUUGGUACAGUCUGAUGAUCUGAGCUCUGCGGAUGCUGAUGUCUUAAGAUCCACCACAAUGAAUAAGUUGCUGUUAUUGAAAGCUGACAUUUCAAAGGUAUUGGAGGUGACUGAAACUGAAAUUGAUUUACUUGAAAAUGAACUGAAGUCGCUAAAUUCUGAGCCUGGGGAUAAAUUUCCACCUUCAGCAGCUGUUGACUCCCUCCUGCUGUGUCACAAUUCAAAAUUUUGUGAUGAACAUGCUGGAGGCUCCAGUAACGUUGCAUGUCCAGAAACAUUGAAAAUGGUUUCAUCUAUUGACCCUAAUAUGGAGAAGAUGGCUCAUUCUACUAACUUGCCUGGUAUACAUAAUAAUAGCAAUGAUGCUGAUAUCAAUAGGCCUGGAACGGCAAUGUCUAAGUUUGUGGAGCCCCUGCCCUCGAUUAGUGAAGUUUCAUCAUGCAAUGUGAGUCGAUUUGGCACUUGCUUGAAAGACUUGGAUGUAAUUCGGUCAACAGCAGAGAAAUGCUUAGUUCCCUGUACUUACAGGCAAGCUGCCAGCGCAUCUGCUUGUGGUGAUGGAAAUUCAUCUAUGGAGGUUAAGGUUAAAGAUUUCAUGGAUGCUAACUCUGGUGCAAGCUUUUAUCCCAGCUCUGAUGAUACUUUAUAUAGUACAAUUAUGUCUUGCAAUAUAGAAACUGCAAAAACAGCAUCUGAAGUAUUUGCUAAGUUAUUGCCAGAUGAUUGUGGUAAGAUCAGUAAUAUUGGAGCUAGCAGUGACUCUUGCUCUCGAGAUGGUGCACUCAUUAUGGAAAAAAUUGCAGAGAAAAAGCGGUUUGCAAGAUUUAAGGAGAGAGUUAUAGCACUUAAGUUUAAAGCCUUGCGUCACCUGUGGAAAAAAGAUAUGCGCGUACUGUCUAUUAGGAAAUGCCGUCCAAAAUCUCACAAGAAGCCUCAAUUAGGUCUACGAACUAUCAGGAAUGCUCAUCAGAAGAAACGUUCAUCUAAUCGUUUUCAUUUUCCCAUCCCUGGAAAUCCACUUAACUUGGUUCCAACAUCUGAGCUGAUUAAUUGUACAAGCCAACUGCUUUCAGAAUCCCAAGAUGUAAUUCACAGGAACACCUUGAAGAUGCCAGCAUUAAUUUUGGAUCAGAAGGAGAAAACGAUUUCAAAGUUCUUAUCUAGUAAUGGGCUGGUUGAAGAUCCAUUGGCUAUUGAGAAAGAAAGGUCUAUCGUCAACCCUUGGACAUCAGAAGAGAGAGAGAUUUUCCUGGAAAAAUUCGCAGCCUUUGGAAAAGAUUUUCGGAAAAUUGCAUCUUUCCUUGAUUACAAGACCACUGCUGACUGUGUUGAAUUCUACUACAAAAACCACAAGUCCGAUUAUUUUGAGAAAAUUAAGAAAAAAGAUGGUGGCAAACUCAAGAAGUUGUUUAGGGUAAAGACUGACUUGCUAGCAUCAAGUAAAAGGUGUAAUCGCGAAGUGAAUGCUGCUUCACUUGAGAUGUUGAAUGCAGCUUCGGUGAUGGCAGAUGGCAUUGCACGUAAUCGAAAAUUGCGUUCAGGAAGAUCCCUUUGGAGGGGACAUGGUGAUACGAAAACAUCAAGGGGUAAGGAGAGCAUCAAAGAGAGACCAAGCAGUUUUGACAUUCUUCAAGAUGAAAGAGAGACAGUUGCAGCUGAUGUAUUGGCUGGUAUAUGUGGUUCUCUUUCAUCUGAGGCUAUGAGUUCCGGCAUGACAGGUUCAGUUCAUGCUGUGGAUGUUAACAAUGACAGGAAUGGCGUGAAUGUGACGUCUCUAAGCGAACAACAACCUUUGAUGCCUGAUGUUACUCAGAAUAUUGAUGAUGGUACUUUUUCCGGACAGAGCGGUGGUGAACUGGAUUCUGCUGAUUGGACAGAUGGGGAGAAAGCAGGCUUGCUUCAGGCUGUAUCAUCUUUUGGAAAGGAUUUCGCAAUGAUUGCACAGUGUGUUGGAACGAAGUCCCUAGACCAGUGCAAAGUUUUUUUCUGCAAAGCUCAGAAAACCCUUAGAAUGAAUCCCCCCAUAUCUGAAAACAUUGGAUCGCUAGUGAAUGAUGAUGCAAAUAGUGGCAGAAGUGACUCAGAUGAUGCAUGCAAUGAAGAGAGAGGUUCUGUCAUUGGCACUGAUACGUCAGGUAUUAAAGCAGGUGAGGAACUGGCUUCAUCUGUCAUGAACUCAUACCAUGAAUCCAAUCCUGUGGAAGCCAGGAAUGUAACGAAGGGCAAGUCCAUACUGGACACUGAUGGCGACGAGGAUGUCUUGUACAGUUCUGAUAAGUCUGGUUCAGUCAGGGAUGAGAGAGCUAUGAUUGUGUCGGAUAGCAUAGAAAUUGAAAAAGAUAAACUGAAUGAAAUGGGAGGUGCAGUUACUGAAUUGGUGCCUGCUUCCAAGAUUGAACCAUGCCACUCUAAUUCUGUUGCUGAGGACAGACUGGUUUCUGAGGUUUCUUCUGCGUGCCAUGGAAAUGAAUUGGAGGGUUCACUUUCUUGUCUUUAUAGGGAUAAUUUACUUGAAGCUGAUACAGAUGUUGGAGAUGAAUUAAAAAACAAAAUCUAUGAUUCAAGCACUAUGCUAAAUGCUUCAGUGUCUCCUAUAGAAAUUUCUUGUCCAAGAUUAAUUUCAGAUGCUGAAAAUCAGCCCCAACAUUGCCUUGAUGAAAAACCUCCUUUCUCAGGAUCAUCGGAGGAUCCUUCUACAACUGUGAAUUCGGUGUUGCAAGAUACUGCUGGUGCUUCUUUGCCAUGUGAGAAAACAGCUAGCCAAAAGCUAUUGUCUUCUACUUGUGAUUUUCAGAGAAGUAGAUAUAUCAGCGGUCAUAAUUCCAGUAGCAAUGGUAGCUAUAAUGUUCAUAACCCUGGGAAUCUAUUAGACUGUGCUGAGGCUGCUAAAGUUCUUCAUCGCUAUCCAUUGGGAGUGCCUAUUAAGGAUGUAAAUGUGGGUAUGAGCCGCAGCAGCUCAGUGACUGAGUUGCCUGUUUUGUCAACAAAGAUUGAACAAGCUGAUGAUCAUCACAAAACACAGAUGCAGUGUUUGUCCGAUUCAGAAAAAACGUCCCGAAGUGGUGAUGUGAAACUAUUCGGGAAGAUAUUAACCCGCCCUUCAUCCACCCAGAAGCCUAAUUUAUCAGGCAAGGUAAAGAGAGAAAAUGGUGCCCAUUAUCCGAAUUUAAGCAGCGCAUCUUCUAAUUCUGAUGUAAAAUCAGCUAUUGUGAAGAUUGAUCACAAUGAUUGCCAGAUCCUUGAAAAUAUUUCGUUCACGAGUUAUUGGGAUGGGAACAGAAUAACGUCUGGUUUCUCAAUACAGUCAUUGCCAGUUUUGGCCAAGAAUCAACAGAACGUGAAUGGACCAUCUGUCAAUGGUAGCAAUGGUGUGAUUGAUUAUCAGAUGUUCAGAAACAGGGAUGGUCUGAAAUUGCAGCCCUCUAUGGUAGAUGUAAAGCAUUGCCAAGAUGUCUCCUCCGAGAUGCAGAGAAGAAAUGGUUUUGAAACAAUCCCUAGUUUACUGAAGCAGGGUGAGGGAAUGGUGGCAAUGAAUGGUGUAAGGAGACCGGGAAUUCCUGUGGGAGGAUUAGGCAGUGGAGUCUCAGAUCCUGUGGCAGCCAUCAAAAUGCAUUAUUCCAAUGCUGCUCAAACUGGCGUUCAGACUGGGAAUAACACCAGUAAGGAUAAAUCUUGAGUAUUUAUAGUGGUAGGCUCUGUUGUGGUAGAUGUUCUGAGCGGUAAAGAUACCCUUUUGCCGCGCCCUGUAUUUAUAGUUCUUGAUAGAGUCUUAUUUUUAUUUAUUUUUGGUUUAUAGUUGCUACCGGAAAAAAAGUUUAUAAUGAUAGGGCAAUUUGACAGGUUCUUGAGCCUUUUUUUCAUUGCCAAAGGAACAUGUGUCUGUAAUAUGGGAGCAGCUUUCUAUUUGUUGUAUUUGGUGAAAUACACAAAUAAUCUCUGGAGAAAAUCCAGAAUGCCAUUGCUAUUUUCGA